UCAGUUCGUCUCGGAACUUCUAAGCGAUCGGUUUUGUGUUCGUGCUUCGCUCCGCCGCGCCCAAAGAAGAUUUCGAAUAUAUCAAAUAUCGCACGAAAUUUUGUUGUUCGCAUACGGUAUACGGAAGCAGCUAACACAGAUUCAGAAUCAUAUUCAGAAUCUGCAGACGGGGAGGAGCUGUAAUCCUCAAUAAAUGUUUAUAAAUAUCACUUAAGAGCGAUCCCCCCAUUCAAUUCGCAAUUUUUCAAUAUAUUUUUGUUUUGUUUUAAACAAAAAGCCGUGUGCCGCGUAUCUGGUUAAUGUCAGCGCGAAAACUCAAAUCGAUUUAUGGUUUGUGAUUGCAAAUUUGACAUAAUUGGUUGCUUAUUUUUUUUUGUUUUUGAUUUAUUAUCUGUAUCCGUAUCUGUGUGCGGGGCAUCCUUAAGUGCCGCAUCGCAUAAAAUCUGACCACGAUUAUCGCACAAUAGCAGAGGGGAAAUCUUUCUCCGCGGCAGUCAGUGGGAUUUUGUGUUCGUUUUGUUUGCAUUAACCCGAAUCAGCGCCAAAGAUGACGCACUCCAGUCCGACUUUAAGCUCCGCUCUGCUGCUCUGCUGCACAGUUAUGCUGCUGGCCACGGCGGCAUCAGGUAUCCAGAACAGAACCAACGGCAGCCCCAGACUGCAGGGCCAUCGAGGGCACGGCCAUCGACAGCGACACCAUCAGGGGAGUCAGGGGAGUCCCCUGGCAGCGACACACCAGCGACAGACGCGCCGAAUGCAGUUGGCCAACCAGGCCAAGGCGGAGGUGGAACUGCUGCCGGGUGUGACCAUGCAGGAGGUGACCCGACUGCGUCGCAUCCAUCCGCACAAUCCCUACAACAAGGUUCUGACGCGUCGCCUGCAUCAGCAGGGCGCUGGGGCGGGCGUCCGUCCCACCGAGUGGGACUACAACACCUACAACAUCUACACGAACACCUUCGGCCCGCCGCCGCCGCCGGUUCCGCCCUCUUCGCCGCACUCUGGCAAGGGGGAGGACAACACCCAGGAUGUGGAGUUCAUUGGGGUGCGGGAGCGGGGACGUGGCUACAACUAUGUGCCGUCCGUAUCUGUGAGCAGUACCACUGCUCCACCGCCGAGCCUCAACCGCCGCUCUGCCACCCCGGGACUGAGCAGCAUCGGGACCAUACCGCCUCUGGUUCCGGCCAGGCGUGGCUACGUCUACACGACCACGGCUCCCGCGACCACCACAUCCACAUCCGGUGUGACCACGGAGGAUCCCUACGAGACGAACACAAUUGGACGCAACUAUCCCACGGAUCCCAAGGAGAUGGAACGGCGACACAUUUGCGUGCAGCAGCGGACAAUCACGAUGCCCGUCAAGACGACCGAGGUGUACACGCGCCCCACCUGGAAGCACGUCAGCACGCCCUGCCAACCCCAAUCUUAUUCGGGGCAGAUGUGCACGCGGGUGCAGGUGGUCCACGAGCCGGCCUACCGGGACGUGAUCAAGCACAAGACGGCCCAGCAGAUGACCUACGACUGCUGUACGGGCUGGAGCCGGGAGAACCCGCGGGCGGAUGCGUGCAUGAAACCUGUUUGCUCCACGCGCUGCCAGAACGGCGGCAACUGCACGGCUCCCCAGACCUGUUCCUGUCCGUCCGGCUAUACGGGCCGUCACUGCGAGGUGGAUGUGAACGAGUGCCACGUGGAGAAGCCGUGCGACCAGCAGUGUGUAAACACCCCCGGCUCCUACUUCUGCCGCUGCAGGCAGGGCUUCGUGCUGCAGGCGGACCAGCAGAGCUGCAAGAAGGUGUCCACCCACGACGACGACGCCUUCGAGGCGCGAGAUCUUGAGAACGAUAUCGAUGACAUGGAUCCGGAGGUGGCAACGCGACUGCAGAAGAUCGAACGCUCGCUGGCCAAUGAGCGGGUGCACACCAAUGAGCUGCAAAAGUCCCUACAGGCCACAUACAGUGUGGUGGACACGCUCCAGACGAGGCUGAGCACCCUGGAAAAGCAAGCCCAGGACGUGAGUCGGCUCCAGACGAAUCUGUACAAGACGGAGUCGCGGACCAACAAGCUGGAGGGGAUGCUCAAUCUUCUUCUCAAGUGCCGAAACGGCCCCAACGCCAACUGUCCCUAGGGGCCAACGAGAGGGCACAAAGAACUGCAUUUUUUUUACGAAAAUCUAAUAUAAAUUAAAUGUUUAGUUAAUUUAAUUGUCUAUUCUGUUCACCAUGCUCCUGCUUGUAAGCCAUUCCCGAAUGCGAGUGCCUCUGUAGUCUCUAGAAUCAGCGCCAGAACACCUAGUACUUAAGCGAUGAACGUGUCAUAAGUGUAUUACGAUCUGAGGAUUUAUGUAGUUGUAACCGUCUCCACUGCUCCGCUCCCAUGUGUGUGUGUGUGUCAGUGUUUAGUUUUUUUUUUUUUUUGCAUGUAUCUGUAUAUAAUUAUAAUGUAUAUGAGAAAUUCAUUGCACAAAUAAAUGCAUUUUCAAAUUCA